UUUGAAGCUGGUUGACCACUUCGAAGCAUGUAGAUCAGUGAUACUUUACUCGAAUUUCAUGAUCAACCCAACAAUUUUUCUUGAAAUCCUUUCCAGUUUUAUCGAUUUCCCUCGAAAAUCUUGUUCCCCAUCAUCUAUUAUGACUCAGUGUCACACAUCCACCCUAAUCCGUUUUUUCUUGCUGCUAUUGACAACCCUAGACCUCUUCGUUUCCCCAAUUACAGCUUCAUCGUUUGAUCAUCGGUACAAUGUAGGAGAUACUGUACCCAUAUUUGUCAACAUAGUUGGCCCCUUGAACAAUCCCAGUGAAACAUACCAAUAUUAUGAUUUGCCAUUCUGCUCUCCAGAUGAAGUGAUCCCAAAGAAGGAAACUUUAGGGGAAGUUUUAAAUGGAGAUAGAUUGAGCAACACCUUAUACACCUUAAACUUCCGUGAAGAUAAAUCUGACAAAAUCCUAUGUGAAAAGAAGCUUAAAAAAGACGAUAUAACAAGAUUCAUAAACGCUAUCAGCAACGAAUUUUACUUCCAGAUGUACUAUGACAAUCUUCCACUAUGGGGAUUCACUGGAAAAACAGAAGCUGAUAGCUGGACAGGUGGCAGUAACAAAAACGGGCCCACAUAUUACGUGUUCAAACACCUACAAUUUGACGCUCUUUACAAUGAUGAUCAAGUCAUAGAAAUACGUGCGUUUAGUGAUCCAAAUCAUGCUGUAGAUAUCACUGACAAAACCGAAGUCGACAUUACAUUUACUUACUCAAUAUCAUGGAAUUCGACUUCAAUUGAUUACAAGAACAGGAUGAACAAGUAUUCAAGAGUUUCAUUGUUGCCCACACAACGACAAAUUCAUUGGUUUUCUUUCAUUAAUUCUGUAGUGAUCAUUGUGCUUCUUAUGGGGCUCCUUAUAACACUCUUCAUGCGUCAUCUGAAGAACGAUUUAAAGAAAUAUUCUAAUGGAGAUGAAGAACAAGAUAAAGAAGUGGGGUGGAAGUAUGUUCAUAGUGACGUGUUCAGAUGUCCUCAACGAAUGGCGUUGUUUUGUGCUGUUUUGGGAACUGGGACACAAUUAUUCACCAUUGUUUGCUUCUUAUUCCUUUUGGUAUUUUUUGGAGUCAUAUAUCCGUAUAGCAGAGGGAGCAUUUCAACUUCUCUUGUGGUGUUUUUUAUACUUACAUCCCCAAUAGCUGGAUACACUUCCGCUUCAUUUUUUAGUCAAUUCUCAGAGACUGGAUGGGAAAGAUGUGUUCUUUUAUCUGGGAUUCUCUACAUUGGGCCACUUUCUAUCACUAUGUUUCUUCUCAAUACAAUUUCCAUGUCAAUUGGAGCUACUUCAUCACUUCCAAUUAGCACAAUAAUCAUGAUCAUACUUUCAUACACUUUAAUUUCAAUUCCACUUCUUGCAUUUGGUGGAAUAAUGGGAUACCGAUUUAGGUCAAAGUUUCAAGCACCUUCAGCUACAAAGAUAUCACCAAGGGAGAUUCCUUUGUUGACUUGGUAUAGAAAGACUCAUGGUCAAAUGUUGAUUUCGGGUCUUUUACCAUUUAGUGCAAUUGUUCUUGAGUUGCAUAACUUGUAUGCAACUAUUUGGAGCUAUAAAAUCUUGACUCUUCCUAUCAUUUUGUUUAUAACUUUUCUUCUUCUUCUUGUUCUUGUAUCACUUUUGAGUGUUGGAAUGACCUACAUUCAAUUAACUGUAGAAGAUCAUCAAUGGUGGUGGAGAUCUAUUUUUCGUGGGGGAUCGGUUGCUAUCUUUAUGUUUGGAUAUUGUGUCUACUACUAUUCAAAGUCAAACAUGAAUGGGUUCAUGCAGUCAACGUUUUUUUUCUGCUACAACUUUCUAUUUUGCUAUGCAUUCUUCCUGAUGCUUGCUACAAUCAGUUUUCAGUCAUCGUGGAUCUUCGUGCAGCAUAUUUACAAUGCUAUUAAAAGCCAUGAGAUUGUGUAUUGUGUGUACACAUUGUCUCUAUAUCUAUUUGAGAUGCAUCUUCGUGGAUGCUUUGCUGAACCUCCUAAAAGAAGUGAUAAAUUGAGCAUAUUUAACUUCAUGGAUGUGGUUGACGUAUCUAAGUUUUGA